AUGAAUCCCAAAGAGCACGCAUAUGACUCGACCAAAUUCCGGAUCUUGAUGAUCCAUGGAUUUGCCGGCAGUCCAUCAGAAUUUCGCACCAAAUCAAGCCGAAUCGUCCAACGAAUCAAUGAGCUGGUCACCCCGCAGAUCCUCGAAGAAUAUCCUGGAGGCAUCGAGUUCUUAUACCCCAAUGGACCAUGGACCCUCGAGGCUCCGAUCGGGAUGGGUGGAGAUGUCAAGGAUGACGAUAAAGCAGAAUCCAAGUUCUACGCAUGGUGGCAUGGUCUGGACACCACAAGCAGAUACAAAGGUGUAGAAGCUGGGCUAUCUUCUAUCGCGCGCUACAUCCACGGACGACCCAUCCAUGCCAUCGUUGGAUUCUCUCAGGGGGCUGCCUUGGGAGGUAUGAUUACAUCGCUUCUGGAGUGCCACAACAACCCGGAUAAAGCUGCCGUGGUACGCUCUCAGGGCCUCCCUGUCGAUGACUUCCUUGGAUUGCCAGGCCAGAAGCCAUUGAGAUUCUAUAUCGGAGUUGCGGGGUUCCGAGGAACAAUGGAAUACUACGGGAGUCUUUAUCGAUACCAGUUGCAGACACCGUCCUGUCAUGCUAUCGCGAAGUUCGACACGAUGGUUGAGCACUAUCAAACCAUGGACCUGGUCCACUGCUUCGAAACAUAUGAGAUCGUGCACUACUUCGGAUCUCACUAUACCCCCCGGGACAGUUCAACUGUCGAUUAUUUAGCAAACUUUGCUCUGAGAAACUCCCGUGGAGAAUCAUCUUCACUUUUCAGACCCUCGUCACCAAUAUCUCAAGCGGAUAGCGAAGAAAGCUAUACCACGGCACGGUCUGAUCGCUCUGCGAGACUGUUCCCCACAUGGCAAAAGCCGUUGAGAAAGACGAACGUUACCGUGGGUGGGCGAUUGGGGGUGCCUCAAAUCAGACGUGUCCGAUCAUUCAACUGGUGA